UUAAAGAAAACAAACAGCGAUGACGAUGAAGCAGCGGGAGGACGUUGACCAGCCGAAACUUUGCAAAGCGGGCUGCGGGUUUUUUGGGAACUCGAAAACCCAAAACUAUUGUUCUGUUUGUUUUAAGGCUGUGCUUCAGAAGGCGACAUCCAAGCAAACAGUUAUUUCCGUUAACGUAGUUGAUACAAUUCCAUUGGAAAACCAUCAUAGUGUUGAAGUCAAGAAGAAGAAGAGAUGUCACGUCUGCAACAAACGGGUUGGGUUGAUUGGGUUCGGGUGUAGGUGUGGUGAAAGUUUUUGUGGGUUGCAUCGGAUGCCUGAAGAACAUACAUGCAAAUUCGAUUUCAAAGCCGCUGGCCGUGCGGUUUUAGAGAAAGAAAACCCGGUUUGUGUAGCCGAUAAACUGGAGACCAGAAUUUGAUUAGUUUUAGUGCAAUGUAAUUCAUCUUUUACACUUAACAAAGUCUUGUAUUUUCAGUUAGUC